AAAUCCGACUGGAAUUUCCAUAUCCUUCUCAUAAUUUAAAUUGGAUUCCAUACGAUGAAUUCGUGGGUUCCAGAUUAAUCACUCAAGGUGGAUUUUCUUCGAUAUUUGAAGCCAUGUGGAAUAAAUCAGGUCAAACCGUAGCGUUAAAGUGUUUGAAUGAUUCACAAGAUCUUAGUAGUGAUUAUCUAAAUGAGAUAAAGACGCAUUGGGGUUUAUUUUCGCAACCACAAUUUUUACGUUGUUUCGGUAUAACGCAAUAUCCAAUCACUGGGGAAUUCAUGAUAGUGUUACAAUAUGCAUCAUUUGGAGAUUUGAGAUUACAUCUUCAACGUAAUCGUGUAUCAAGUUGGAAAGAUAAGAUUCGAAUUCUCAAGCAAAUCGCUCGUGGACUUGCCGAGAUGCAUAAGAGAGAUUUGAUUCAUGGAAAUUUACAUAGCGGAAAUAUAAUGAAUAUUGAUAAGUCACAUUUUGUCAUUGGAGAUGUUGGACUUUGUGGACCAGCUAAUC